AUGUCUUUCUCAAACUAUUUCAAUCCAGUAGCAGAUGCGUCUGUCACCUUUAAUGGUGCCAAUAUUCAUCUGGAUACGCUGGGUUCUAAUGCUGUCCGUGAUGCUGAAACAUUGAAUUCAAGGGCACCAGGUGUUUCUUCUUCUCAAAUCAAUGACUUAACAUUCCAAGCUAAGCAAGGUGAAGUUGUCUUAGUUUUAGGUAAGCAAUCAUCCGAGUUAUUUAAGUCCAUUUUCCAUGGCAACGAUAAUUUAUGUUAUAGUCCAGAAGGCUCCGUUAGAUUUAAAGAUUAUGAAUACAAACAAUACUCUAAAAAAUGUCCACAAGAAAUUAUCUAUAACAAUGAACAAGAUGUUCAUUUUCCAUAUUUAACUGUUGCCCAAACAAUUGAUUUUGCUAUUGAAUGUAAAUUUAAAAUGCCAUUAGAAGAAAGAAUUAACUUAAGAAACCAAUUAUUAGAGGAAUUUGGUCUUUCUCAUGUCUUAGAUACAUUUGUAGGUAACGAUUUUGUUCGUGGUGUUUCUGGUGGUGAACGUAAACGUAUUUCCAUUAUCGAAACAUUUAUCAGUAAUGGUUCUGUUUACCUGUGGGAUAACUCUACAAAAGGUUUAGAUUCCGCUACUGCUUUAGAUUUCUUGUCUAUUUUAAGAACUAUGGCUGACGCUACUCGUUCAGUCAAUCUUGUCAAGAUUUCUCAAGCUAGUGACAAAAUUGUCGAAAAGUUUGAUAAAAUUUUAAUGUUCACUGAAUCAUACCAAGUCUUUUAUGGUACUGUGGAUGAAUGUUUAAAAUUUUUCCACGAUGAUCUUGGUAUCAAGAAAGAUCCAAAUGAUUGUAUUAUCGAAUAUUUAACAUAUAUUCUAAAUUUGAAGUUCAGAGAUAAUGAACAAUAUGGUUCGGUAAUUAGCGACUCCAAUACAACAACGUCUGAAAUCAAUACCGAGGAAGAUUUAUAUCAUCAUUGGAUAAACUCUGAUAUUUAUCGUAAUUUAAAAAGCUCUAUUGGUGCUGAUACUCCUUGUGUAGCCACAAUAGAUGCUGCUGACAUUAAACCAAAUUUUACUAUCUCAGCCUACAACCAAGUUCGUAGUUGUACUAGAAGAGCUUUUCAAAGAAUCAUCGGUGAUAAAGCAUACAUCAUUUCCCAAUUUAUUGCUGUUAUUGUUCAAUCUUUAGUUAUUGGUUCUUUAUUUUAUGAUGUCCCAUUAACUACUGUUGGUUCAUAUUCUAGAGGUUCAUUGACUUUCUUCUCUUUACUAUUUUUCACUUUUUUGACAUUUGCUGAUAUGCCUUCAUCUUUCCAAAGAAAACCAAUUGUUAAGAAACAUACACAAUUGUAUUUUUAUGAUAACUGGGUUGAAACUACUGCUACAAUAAUAUAUGAUUACUUCUUUAAGACAAUUUUGGUUAUUAUCUUUAGUAUCAUUUUAUACUUCUUAGCACACUUCCAAUUUGCUGCUGAUCGUUAUUUCAUCUUUUUACUAUUUUUGGUUCUUUACAAUAUUACUGUUGUGACGUUAUUUACAUUGAUCGCUUUAUUCAGUCCAACAUUGGCUAUUUCCAAUUUAGUUGCCGGUAUUUUGUUACUAGCUAUUGCUGUGUAUGCCUCUUAUGUUAUUUACAUAAGAGAUAUGCACCCAUGGUUUGUGUGGAUUGCCUACUUAAACCCAGCUAGAUAUGCUAUGGAAGCUAUUUUAACGAAUGAAUUGUUCAAUGUCAGAUUAGAUUGUACUGAGACCAUUGUUCCAAGGGGUAAAACUUAUGAUGACUUAGACUUUACACAUAGAGCUUGUGCUUGGCAAGGUGCUACUUUAGGUAACACUUAUGUCAGAGGUCAAGAUUACUUGUUGUCUGCUUUAUCUUAUAAGUACAGUCAUGUGUGGAGAAAUUUUGGUAUUAUUAUUGGUUUCUUGGUAUUUUACAUCUGCUGUUCAUUAUUUAUUUCCCAAUACAUCACACCAUUAUACACUGCUGAAAAUCUAGAUCGUUGGAUGUUUUACGCUAAGAAAUAUAUUCCAUUCAUAUCACAAAAUUCUACCAAGAGCCAUCCAAUAGAUGAUAUCGAUGACAGCGACUCAAUUAACACAAUUUCUAGCUUUGAUACACCAGUACUUAUGGAUGAAGACAAGGAAGGUAAGGAUCAUAAUAUCAAGCAUUAUCAAGUUGAACGUGACGAAGAAAUUGCCUCUCAAAAGCACGUUAUUUCAUGGAAGAACAUUAACUAUACAAUUGGAGACAAGCUAUUAAUUGAUAAUGCCUCUGGUUAUAUUAGUUCUGGUUUAACUGCUUUAAUGGGUGAAUCUGGUGCUGGUAAGACAACUUUAUUGAAUAUUUUAUCCCAACGUACUGAAUCUGGCGUCGUUACAGGUGAAAUUAUGAUUGAUGGUAUGGUAUUGAACAAUGGUUCAGCUUUCAAGAGAAGUAUUGGUUUUGUUCAACAACAAGAUGUUCAUCUGGAUGAAUUGACUGUUAAAGAGUCUUUGGAAAUCUCAUGUACUCUGAGAGGUGACGGUGACAAAAAAUAUAUGGACACUGUUUCUAAAAUGUUAAAAUUACCUUCUGAAUGUAUGGUUAGAGACUUAACACCAACUGAAAAGAAACUGUUAUCUAUUGGUGUUGAAUUAGUCACCAAACCUUCCCUUUUGUUAUUCCUUGACGAACCUACAUCUGGUUUAGAUUCUGAAGCUGCUGUUACCAUUGUUAAGUUUUUAAAGAAGCUAUCUAUGCAAGGUCAAGCUAUUUUAUGUACCAUCCAUCAGCCUAGUAAGAGUGUUAUUAGCUAUUUUGAUAGCAUUUAUUUAUUAAAGAGGGGUGGUCAAUGUGUAUACUUUGGUCCAAUGCAAGAGGCUUGUGAUUAUUUUGUUAGUAAAGAUAGUUCUUUAGUUUACGAUAGAGAAUUUGAUAACCCAGCUGAUUUCAUCAUCGAUACAGUUGGUAAAUCAAAUGCUAUCGCAGAAAAGGAUGAAUUUAAGAGUGUUUCAAAUUGGAGCGAUACUUGGAUUAAUUCUCAAGAAAGAUUAAAGACAGAUGCUGCUGUUUUAGACCUAGAAGAAAUUGCUCGUAACUCCGGUGUUGAUUAUACUGCAAAUGUAUGGAGUCAACCAUCUUACAUGAAGCAAUUAAAAGUUAUUACAAAAAGACAAUAUUUAUGUACAAGAAGAGACAAAGCUUAUGUUAUUGCUAAGUAUUUGUUGAAUGCAGGUGCAGGUUUGUUCAUUGGUUUUUCAUUUUGGCACAUUAAACAUAACAUCCUUGGUUUACAGAAUGUUAUUUUCUUAUGUUUCAUGUCUAUGUGUGUUUCUUCUCCCUUAAUCAAUCAAGUUCAAGACAAAGCUUUAAUUUCUAAAGAAGUUUAUCUUGCAAGAGAAGCAAGAUCUAACACCUACCAUUGGUCUGUAUUAAUUUUGGCCCAAAAUAUUAUUGAAAUUCCAUUAGCAGUUACAAGUUCUACAUUGUUUUUUGUUUGUUGUUACUUCUGUUGUGGUGUUGAUACAGCUCCACAUAUUGCUGGUGUAUGGUUUUUAAAUUAUAUUGUUUUUGCUAUGUACUAUAGUACAUUUGGUUUAUGGUUAAUUUACACUGCCCCAGAUUUACAGACCGCUGCCGUUUUCGUUGCAUUCUUUUACAGUUUCACUGCUGCUUUCUGUGGUGUUAUGCAACCAUAUAGUUUAUUCCCUGGCUUUUGGAAGUUUAUGUAUAGAGUUUCUCCAUAUACAUAUUUUAUUGAGACAUUUGUCAGUUUAUUAUUACAUGAUAGACCAGUUAUUUGUGACCAAGGUGAAUACGUCCCAACCUCCGUCGUUGGUCAACAAAAUUGUGGCGAGUUUAUGGAAGCAUAUGUUGAGGAAUUUGGUGGUAUGAUUAUGAACAAGAAGGCUAAAUCUGUUUGUGCUUAUUGUACAUAUGUGGUUGGUGAUGACUUUUUAACAACCGAAAAUAUGAGUUACCAUCACAGAUGGAGAAAUUUCGGUUUGGAAUUUGUUUAUGUUGGAUUUAAUUUCUUCGCAAUGUUCUUUGGAUUCUAUUUCACAUAUGUUGGUAAGUAUUGGCCAACUGUCUUCAAGGCAAUUGGAUUAAUAAUUCCAUUUAGAAAAGCAAGAAAACUAACCAAACAUUCUUCAUGA